UUAAUCUCUCUUCUUUAUCCAAGUCUCGAGUAUGAAGCAUUUCAUUCUCCCCUCCACCUGCCGGGUUAUCUUCCUGAAAGAGAGAGUGGUACCCUAAUGGAGAUUUUUAUUUCUGCUGUCCUGGGUGAGCUGGCCUCUAGAUCCAUAAAUUUCGUCAUCAGCAGAAGCUCAAGCUCCAAGCCAAAGGUACCAGAUGUGGAGUCCAGCCUGCAAAGGGCUCUCCUUCGGGCACAGGUCAUCAUCGACGAGGCAACAGGUUGCCAAAUCACAAACCAAGCUAUGCUCCAGCAGCUGGAGAUGUUGAAGGAUGCCAUGUACAAAGGAUGUUACAUACUUGACACCUCGAGAUACCAGUCUCAGGACGAGGAGGAUGCCAAAGAUCAUGUUGUGAGUCAUUCUCUCUCUCUGUCCAAAGCAAAUUCUCUGAAAGGGAUCCGUUCUGCCAAUAGAAAGACGAAUAUUUUGGAACAAUUGCAAGACGCCCUUGACAAUUUGAGCUCUAUGAUCGUCGAUGUGAAAGAGCUGGUUGUGUUCUUGACCAGCUACCCUCGCCUCUACCGCCAGCCGUAUAGCAUGCACCUACUGCUGGGCAACUGCAUGUUCGGCCGCCAGUUGGAAGCAGAGCUUGUCCGCAGCUUCCUAUUAAGCACACAACCUAAUGGUGCUGAAGAAUUGGAGGUCCUACCAGUUGUUGGUCCAGCCAGAGUUGGCAAGAGCACCCUCGUCGCACAUGUUUGCAAUGAUGAAGGAGUCCGUGGUCAUUUUUCAGAAAUCCUGUUCUUGUGCAACCGUGAGUUCAAAGAUGAGAAGGUAGCCUCUAUGUGGGAAGGAUGCGUGAAGAAAUAUCAUAAUUCCAGGUCGAGCAAAUAUGGGAGAAUUCUAGUUGUUAUUGAGAUUGCUGGGGACUUCAAUGAAGAUGAUUGGAAGAGGUUGUAUGCUGCUUCCAAACGGUGCAUGACAAGUGCUAGUAAAAUCAUAAUAACAAGCCAGUCUGACAAGAUCACAAAGCUUGGAACAACGAGGGCAGUAACGCUGAAAUAUCUGUCCCAUGAAGCAUACUGGUACUUCUUCAAAACACUUACGUUUGGAAGCAAUGACCCUAUGAUGCACCCGAGGAUGGCAAACCUAGCCAUGGAGAUAUCCAGAAUGCUGAAAAGGUCGUUCUUUAACUCAUUGAGCACUAUCUGCUUGCUGAGGGACAACUUUGACAUCCACUUUUGGUGCAAGGUUGUGACCUUUUUGAGAGGGCUCAUGAAGUGGUAUGAGUCCCAAUUCGGUGAGCAUCCAUCUGAUGCUCUGAACCAAAAUAAACCUGCAUGUCUUUUGAGAAUGGCAAGCACUUCUCAACAGAUCAUGGUUUAUCGUCAAUAUGAGUGCUCUUCACAAGAGGAGGUUCCAAAGAUAGAAUUGAAAAAUGUGGUGUUUGGAAGCGUUAAGCCCUCUGGGAGAUUUGAAGCCCUGGUAUUGAGGUCUCCAAUACCGCCCUACUACAACUAUAUCUUUACUUGUGAGGUUCGAGAUUUGAAAACUACAUCUGCUAAGAGGAAGCGUUCUUAAUUCUGUCAUUUCGCCACUUAUAUAGGUGUGUGUCUGUGCAUGUUUCGGUUAGAUGUCAGUACUCACAAGUUAUAAACAUAGUAAAAAAAAAUGAUGAUACGAUGUCACAUGUUACAACCA